CGCUCCUCCCCGGCCCGCGCCCGCCGCGGCCCCAGGCAGCACUCGCGAGCAGCGGCCGCGGCCGGCGGCCGAGUCGGGAGGAUGCGGCGGCGCUCGCGGAUGCUGCUCUGCUUCGCCUUCCUGUGGGUGCUGGGCAUCGCCUACUACAUGUACUCGGGGGGCGGCUCCGCACUGGCCGCGGGUGCCAGCGGCGGCGCCGGCAGGAAGGAGGACUGGAAUGAAAUCGAUCCAAUUAAAAAGAAAGACCUUCAUCACAGCAAUGGGGAUGAGAAAGCACAGAGCAUGGAGACCCUCCCUCCAGGGAAGGUGCGAUGGCGGGACUUCAACCAGGAGGCCUACGUCGGUGGGACAAUGGUUCGCUCCGGGCAAGACCCCUAUGCCCGCAAUAAGUUCAACCAGGUGGAGAGUGAUAAACUGCGGAUGGACAGAGCCGUCCCUGACACCAGGCAUGACCAGUGUCAGCGGAAGCAGUGGCGGGUGGAUCUGCCGGCCACCAGCGUGGUGAUCACGUUUCACAAUGAAGCCAGGUCGGCCUUGCUGAGGACAGUGGUCAGUGUGCUUAAGAAAAGCCCGCCUCACCUGAUAAAAGAAAUCAUCUUGGUGGAUGACUACAGCAAUGACCCCGAAGAUGGGGCUCUCUUGGGGAAAAUCGAGAAAGUGCGGGUUCUCAGAAAUGAUCGGCGAGAAGGCUUGAUGCGCUCACGGGUGCGGGGGGCCGAUGCAGCCCAGGCCAAGGUCCUGACAUUCCUGGACAGCCACUGCGAGUGCAACGAGCACUGGCUGGAGCCCCUCCUGGAGAGGGUGGCCGAGGACAGGACCCGCGUGGUGUCCCCCAUCAUCGAUGUCAUCAACAUGGACAACUUCCAGUACGUGGGCGCAUCCGCAGAUCUAAAAGGCGGUUUCGACUGGAACUUGGUGUUCAAAUGGGAUUACAUGACGCCUGAGCAGAGACGGGCCCGGCAGGGGAACCCGGUCGCCCCCAUAAAAACACCGAUGAUUGCUGGAGGGUUGUUCGUGAUGGAUAAGUUCUACUUCGAAGAACUAGGGAAAUACGACAUGAUGAUGGAUGUGUGGGGAGGAGAAAACCUGGAGAUCUCCUUCCGCGUGUGGCAGUGCGGCGGUAGCUUGGAGAUCAUCCCCUGCAGCCGCGUGGGACAUGUGUUCCGGAAGCAGCACCCCUACACCUUCCCGGGUGGCAGCGGCACCGUCUUUGCCCGGAACACCCGCCGGGCAGCAGAGGUCUGGAUGGACGAAUACAAAAAUUUCUAUUACGCAGCAGUGCCUUCUGCCAGAAACGUCCCUUAUGGAAAUAUUCAGAGCCGAUUGGAGCUCAGGAAGAAACUUAGCUGCAAGCCUUUCAAAUGGUACCUUGAAAAUGUCUACCCGGAGUUAAGGGUUCCCGACCAUCAGGAUAUAGCUUUUGGGGCCUUGCAGCAGGGAACCAACUGCCUGGACACUUUGGGACAUUUUGCUGACGGUGUCGUUGGAGUUUACGAGUGUCACAACGCUGGGGGGAACCAGGAGUGGGCCUUGACCAAGGAGAAGUCGGUGAAGCACAUGGACCUGUGCCUGACUGUGGUGGACCGGGCGCCCGGCUCCCUCAUCAAGCUGCAGGGCUGCCGGGAGAACGACAGCAGGCAGAAAUGGGAGCAGAUCGAGGGCAACUCCAAGCUGCGGCACGUGGGUAGCAACCUGUGUCUGGACAGCCGUGCGGCCAAGAACGGGGGCCUGAGCGUGGAGGUGUGCGGCCCCGCGCUGUCCCAGCAGUGGAAGUUCUCGCUCAACCUGCAACAGUAGGGGGCUGCGGCGCCCCCGGCCGGCAAGGUGGUCACGCUAUCGAUUACGUUUCUUAGACUUUCCACGAAACUAUAUACCUCAGUAUUCCAUCAUGGUCUGGAGACGAGAGCUGCGGCCCCAGCCCGGGGGCGGGCGGCACAGGAGCGGCGAGGGAGGGGGCUGUUCCCCGGCCCCCGGGGGCCCCCACUGCCCGCUUCCCGCGGCCCCACAGCGGGUGACGUCCAAGCGCCGGCGCCACAGCUGGAGGACCGGGCAGGGAAGGGGGUCGUUGCGGCAUCACAGCGAGGAGAACUCUCUGGAAAUCUCCACUUGGAUCCCACGGGGCAGCCAGGCCAGCCGGUCCCGUGGCUGUGCGCGCUUUUGUCGCAGGCCCCUCCCCUCCCCACCCUCCGCUGGUCUUCCCGUCGCAGCCCCUGUCCCGCGUGGUGUACUUGCUCUGUUUGGAAACGAACUCCUCUGCGGCGGGACACUAAACGCCAGCAUAGAAAGAGAACGUACGGUCAGUUCCCUAUGGUUUCUGUAGGUCAUGCUCAUCGUGUAAACCCUCCACAAAGCAGAUCACAGCCGGCAGGAGGGGGAGCCCCCCCACUCCUCUGCCGCCCCUGGAGCCUUAUAGGUGAGUAGGUGCUGCCCUGGCCGGGAGGCCCCCCCCCCCCACCCCUGCCCCGACCCCAGCCUCCCAGUCUGGCUUCAGCUGGGAGUCACGCUCUGUGUUGGAAUCCACUUUUCAUACCCUUGGUGUUUGUAAACCUGGACGGGUUACUUAUUUUGACAGAUACUACUUUGGGUUUUUGUAAAUUCAGUUUCUUUCCUCUAAGGAUGAAAUGAAUUAAGAAAACAGUCCCCCAGCUACCAGGGACGGAGGGAAGGUGGCCCAGGCUGUGCUGCUGAUUGCGAGGACCCCUGGUGCGUCGCCACCACUGUCAGGGUCACCUGGGCCCUGGAAUCUGCCUGCCUCGGGGGCUUUGGUCAAGAAUUAGGCAAAGUGGAGACUAAACAACGCUUGAGGAUUCAGGGCACAAAACAGGAAGCUGUGGUUUAGGAAGCAUGUGUUGGUAUAAACCAGGAGACAGCUGUGAACUAAACGGAGUCACAGGAAGGAGCCAGGUCACUGCCCAACACCCAAGUGACACUUCCUUGUCUCUGAGGUGCCCCGUGUGCAGCAGUCACCAGCCACAGCCCCCACAGGAGGGCCCCUGGUCACUGAGGUCACUGCCCUCCUUUCUUCACCCACCCCUCCUGCACGCACGCCUGGUCGUGAAGAGGCUGGCUUGGUGGUGGGACAUGCGUUAUGCCUGGACAUCCUCGGGCCCCAGAAGGUUCUGCCAGGUUGACACUGCUGAUGCAGCUCCUCCUGCGUAUUUCUUCUAGGAAAGAGGGUGCUGUUAGUCUCUCUCCCUGCACCUCAGAAGCCCCCAUGUGUUCCCUUGAUGACAGUGGGAUCAGCAUGGAGGUGGCUGGGUGACUUUGUCCUGUCUUUUGCCCCCUGCCACCCAACCAGCUGUGUUUUCAGCACACAGGGAGGCCACAGCUGAUCACACCUCUGUCUUCAGAGGCUGAUCCUUGACUACACGUCGGCUCCUGGGGAGAGUUCUGGGUACCUGGGCGAGGCUGUGGAGCGCAGGUGGGGUGGGAAGCAGUCACAGGCCCCAGGGUCCCAUGGCCAGAUCCUGUCACCUGUGAGGUACUACUGCUGUUAGGAAAAAAAAAUUUCCCACAGAGGGAAAACAAAUUGGGCUUUGAAGUAAAACCAACUUUAAUCAGGUUCUUGACAAAUCCUCGCCCACACCCCUACCCCCCCCCCAAGUCUUACCAACUUUCGUACCAUCGAGGUGGGUCCCCCAGGCCCUUGGGGGGGCAGCUCCCUGCCUCUGAGGUGGGGUGUGGGUGUUGUGAGCAGAGAUGGGCUGGGAGGGCCCCCAGGGGUGAGCUAUGUUUACAUGACACAGUGUGCCAAAGUGACUUACUGUGGUUGCAUUACUUUUUAGUCAUCGAGACUACCCCACCCUCCCACUCCUGUUUUUACAAGUAAAGAUUCUUUCCUAAGAGCCCUUUGAGCAAAGCGUGGCAAAGUUAGUUGUCUUCUCUGUGCUGGUCUUUCUUAUGUCUUCAUAAAAGCUAAAAUGAUGGUAUCUGUGAGUAUGUUUUGCAAAUUCAAAAUAUAGUUUGGUAAUUUUUUUUUCCAGUUGAUUUUUAAAAAGAACUGCUGUACAGAGCUUGUACUUUGUCCAUUUUAUAGAUGGAAACCAUCCUUGAAAAUUGUUUAACUUAAAUAAAGAGAAGAUACUUUAUAGAUAA